CGGAUCCGGAAAGAGGACGACCACUGCCUGAGCCAACCGGGUCUGUAUGCAUCUCACAAUCACAUCCUACCUCUGCAACAGCUCCUCGAGCUGCAGGAGCAGGAGGAGUGGCGAGUCAAGCAGCUGCAGAAUCGACUGAGAGGGUGUCUGCAACGAACGAAGUUGCAAAAGCAAUCAUCCUCAUUAUCCAUACCAUCGACACCACAGCUGCUGAGCAGAUCCUCCUCCCUCCUCUCACCAAAACCGUCCUACAUGUCCCUCACAUUCUCCGCCUCCCAGGCGUCCCUGUACAGCCGAUCCACAGCCUCCUCUUCCACACAGUUUUUGCAAGGGUGGAGCAGACCCACUACCCCUGCUUCUUCAAGAGCCUCGCCCUCGCCCACUCUUCUAGCUACCGAAGAACCGCUUCCGCUGCAGUCAAAUCCCUCUUCGACAUCACCCGAAAUUCCCACUGCUGCUCUGUCUGAAGUCCCCUCAGCCAGCACCGAUGCCAAUCUAUUGCAAGAACAAGAGCAAGAAUACCAGCCACGGAGGCAGCAUCCACACCGACACUUAAUUCCCCAGCACCAACACAACACCUCUCCGAAACAGGAAUCUAAUCAUGGCCACAUGCUCCUGAUGCUGGUACAAGGCCGCACGCAUUACUACAAGAACGGCACCCGCAAGGCUGACCCACAAUGGAAUGGUGAUAGUGACCUGUGCGAUGACGAUGAUGACAAUGAUAAUGGAGUGCUCGGUGAAGAGGAAGGGCGCGAACGAGUCCUUGAAGCAGCGGGCCUCGAGACUCGGCAGGAUUUCGUCAACCUCGAAGGCGAGAGCGUGAACGGACCUUGCUUUACAAGUUCGCCUCUAUCGUCUUCGCCUUCGUCUGCCAACCCAUCACUACUGCUGGAGCGAGCGGACCCUGCCAGCGCUGAUCUGGCCACUAGCGCUGAGAAGACAGCGUUGGGAUCUCUACGACGCCACUCUGCUCACAUGGACGCUUCAUUGUCGUCCUCAAACUCGGUGCCGCCCAAGCUCUCGCCUCGACCUACCAAGCCAGCCCGCAUUUCAAGUCUCGGCAGUGUACGUGGGACGAAAUCUCGUGCUUCGAUCUCCUGCUCGGUGUUACCAACGCUGGCCAUGCCUUCGUCGUCGCACCUCUACCAUCUGGUGCCUAGUCCAACAACUGAAUCUGAUGUCAACCAUCAAGUUGGAUUCACAGAAUGAAGCAGGCUAUGGGGACGUAUAGCCGUGCCUGUUAUUAUACCCAGACGCAUAUAACGAAUAUAAUAUAAAAAAAUGAUAGAAUGAAAUAAAAUACAUGUAAACAG